CCUACCUGAACACAAGAUGACCGCAUCGAACGGAAUUGCCGUUGCCAAUGGGACAAACGGCGUCAAGUCCAGCCUGGCCUUCCAGAUUCCCACGGAGAUGAAGGCGAUUCGAUACAACAAAGUCAAAGACUGGUCGCUGGUCACGAUGCCAGUUCCAGAGCCGAAAGCGCAUGAGAUCCUCGUCAAAGUCAAGUCUUGCGGCGUUUGUGGAACCGAUCUUCACAUCCACAACGGGGAUUUCGACUCGAGGAUGCCAGUAGUCACCGGACAUGAGACCAGCGGAAUUGUAGUGAAGAUCGGAGCCGACGUGACCGGGUUCUCGAUUGGAGAUAAGGUUACAGCGGACAACUCUGAGCUUUGCGGACACUGCCACUACUGCCGGGAGGGAAAGCUAUUGUAUUGCGAAAACUUUGCCGCUCACGGAGUGCACCUGGACGGCGGAUUUGCCGAGUACUGUGCGUUCCCGGCCGAGAAACUGUUCAAGUUCGAGAAGUUGUCAUGGGAAGAGGCCGCUCUUUUCGAGGCCGCAUCGUGCGCCAUCCACGGAAUGGACCGCAUCGCGCCGGGAGUUGGAUCUACCAUCCUGCUCAUCGGCUCAGGGGCUACCGGUCUGUGUCUUGCUCAGCUUCUCAAGGGCAACGGCGGUCAGCACGUCGUGUUGGCCUCCAAUCAAGGUCCCAAGAUGGACCUGGCUAAGAAGCUCAACUGCGCGGACGAGUAUGUCGAGCUUAGCAGAACUGAUCCAUCAUCUCAAUGGGCAGACCUAAAGGAAAAAUACCCUUACGGAUUCGACGUUGUCGUUGAGGCCUCAGGAUCUCACCACGUGCUUGAAAAGGCCAUUGAUUUCUGCGCUCGGGGGGGAAAGCUCAUAUACUACGGGGUGUACGAGAAGGAGGCUCUGAUCAAAGUUUCGCCAUCCAAGGUCUUCUCGGACGAAAUCACCAUAAUCGGAUCAUUCUCUGAGAUGUGGUGUGUUGGUCGAAGCGUGCGCUACCUCGAGAGUGGCAAAGUCAACGUAAAGGGAAUCGUGGACAAGACGUUCAAGUUAGAACAGUUUGGCGAGGCGUUGGAUGCUGUUAGAAACAAGACGUGCAUCAAAGCAGCUAUUGUAUUCGAUUGAAAAAGCAUCACAGGUAGCAUUUUGCAUGGGACGGAUUCAAAUGAAAGCUAGAGUUGGA